AUGGACACUGCUUUUGUCCCUCCUACCAACCUCGUGAACCACGUUGGACAUACGCCAGAACUCACUGGAAAUUGCUCUGAGGAAAAUCGAAUAUGCACUCGAUCCGUUCUGAACGCUCUUCAGAGACUUUGCGUUCCACCCUCUGUCUGUUUAUCCGUCACGGAUGACAGCUAUGCAGCUCAUCAUGGUGUCAGUGCUCUCAAUGCUCAGACCCGCAGAAUGGACGAUGUCCUGAGAACAAACCGACGAGUCUUGGAACUGGUCUCACGGGUCUUACAGUGUUCCUGCACCAUCAUGCCCUCUGUUCAGCUAAUUCUUUUCGUCGUCUGCGACCGAGUGUUCACCUGGUACCGCGCUAUGCUACGCGACGACGAAGACAGGAUGAUGUUUGAGCAAGCACCCACCACGAGCUCGCCAAGUAUUGAAUAUGACCAUGGCGAGCUAGUACUUGCAAUGCCCAUUACAAUGGGUAACUUUUCUGUUGAUACCGCAAUGCAAGUGCAUAUCCGAAAUCAGCUCGUAAUUGAUGAGAUGCGAGGGGCUGACAACGUGAUCCACCAAUUUGCUGCCUGUGUGCAAGAAGCUCAGUGUCAGAGUUCUCCAGCCCAUCGUCAGCAGAUCUACGAGAUUAUCAACUCUAUGCUGAGAGACCAGCUGCAAGCCCAGACGAAUAUAAUAUAUGAACGGGCAAUUCAUGAGGAUAUCGUAGCUGUGGAGUGA